AUGUUUCCUGCAAUUAUUAUUGGUUUGAUCGUUUUAGAAAUUGAGUUCAUUACAGGAAUUAUAGCAAACAGAUUGAUGAUCGUUGUGAAUUGCAGUGAGUGGAUCAGAAGCAGAAAACUGACCUGUUGUGACAUGAUCCUGACUAGCCUGGGCAUCUCCAGAUUUUUCCUACAGUGCACAUUUAUCAUUAAUGGUACCAUCUUUCAAUUAUCGAGAACAUUGGCUGUUGUCUGGGUGUUUCUAAAUACUCUCAGUCUAUAAUUUGCUGCCUGGCUAAGUGUCUUCUACUGGGUGAAGAUUGCCAACUUCAGCCAACCUCUCUUCCUCUGCCUGAAGUGGAGAAUAUCAGGGCUAGGGCCACAGCUACUCAUGGGAUCCUUUCUGGUCUCCUUGGUCACCUGUCUCCGUUCAGUUAAUGCCAUAGACAGAAAGUAUAUAGACAAUUCAAUGAAUAAUCUGUCAGAAAACACCACCGGCGAAUGUCAGUAUAAGGUUGAUUUAUCUUCUAGCCUCUUUAUUUUGUCCAUGCUUGGAUAUUCCUCUCCCUUCAUUAUAUUUAUGAUUUCCGCCAUACUGUUAAUCAUUUCCCUGUGGAGACACAGCAAGAGGAUGGAAAAAACCACUAGCAGCUCCAGGGACACCAUUACCGAGGCUCAUGUCAGAGCAAUUAAAGGACUGAUCUCUUUUAUUUUCUUCUACAUUUCUUAUUUUAUGGCACUAGUAUUGUCAGAAUUAUUUACCAACAUCAGCCCCUACUUCAUAUCAUUAUUGGCAGUGAUAAUGGGUGCUUAUCCCUCUGGGCACUCUGUUAUCCUAAUUCUGGGUAAUCCCAAACUGAAGAGAGUAGCAGUGAGGGCUUUGCACUUUGCCAGGUGCAGGCUGAGAGAUGCGGUUUGA